ACUCCUCCAGCCUGCGGUCGGCUGCACCGGCCAGAAUUAAUUUGCCUCUGUGCAUCUUGGAUACAGCUCCCAGGACCCCCCUCACCGGCGCUGGGACGGGAGAGCUCAGGGCACGGAGGAGCCGCUUCCCUGCCUGGUGGCCUGUGCUGUCCCUGCUCCUCGCUGGGGACAUGGGGCUGUGCAGAGCCUGGAUCCCCGCGGCUCUGCUCAUCCUUGGAGCCGGAGGGGCCCGGAGCCAGGAGGCGGGCCCGUGCGCCCUCCACGUGCUGGCGGCCCUGGACGUCACCGAUUACCAGCAGUCCAACCUGCACACCUACCUGGAGCGCAUCCUCCGGGACGUGGCCUCGCUGGAGCGCCUCACCUGCAGCCCGCUGAGCCCGAGCCUCAGCCUGCAGAGCGCGCGGCCGGACGGCGAGACCCUCUUCCAGGACUGGCUCCACGAGCCCUGGGCGGACACGCUGCGCGGGCUGGCGCAGGCUCAUGCCUUCCAGCGCACCUACCUCACCCAGCCCGCCCUGCAGAGCUUCCUGGGCGCGCUGGCGCGCCGGGCGGCCGACGCCAAGGUGCUGCUGGUCUUCACGGACGGGCUGGAUGACGACGCGGGGAGGCUGAAGGAGACGGCGACGUCCGCGGCGCUGCAAGGCCAAGCUGACAUGCUGCUGACCGUGGCGGUGAACAACGCCAGCGGGCUGGAGCACCUGCGGCUGGUGGAGUUUGGGCGCCAGCCGGGGCAGGGCGCGCAGCUCGCCGUGGACAUGCCCGAGGUCGGCGGGCACGUGGCGCAGGAGCUGCUGGCCCUCGCGGAGCGGACGUGCUGCCACGCUUGUCCCUGCAGCUGCGUGGGGCUGCCAGGCCCGCGGGGCCCCGGGGGCCGCCGGGGCGCCAAGGGGGUGAGAGGCAGCCGGGGACGCGCUGGAGAUGAGGGCGAUCACGGGCACGGCGGGGAGCAGGGCCCGCGAGGCCUCCCCGGCAGCCGCGGGAUGCAGGGAUGCCCGGGCCAGUGCGGACCGAAGGGACUGAUGGGUCACCCUGGGGACCAGGGAUUGCCCGGAGAAGCCGGCUACGACGGCGUGGAUGGGGAGCAGGGCGAAGCCGGAGCCCUCGGCCGCCCCGGGGAGAAGGGAGCCCGGGGGAGGCAGGGGCGGAAAGGCUCCCGGGGCGCGCGGGGCGAGCAGGGGCUGCCGGGCCCUCCCGGCGAGGCGGGUCCGCCGGGGAGGAGCAGCGCCCAGCCCGGCAUCCCGGGGUGGAGAGGAGACGGGGGCCCCCAGGGAGACCCCGGCGAGGACGGGCCCCCUGGGCCGCCGGGGCCACCGGGCCCUGCCGCACACCCGAGCUCGUGCCAGAAGGGGCAGAAGGGCGCGCAGGGCAGGAAGGGGAACCGCGGCAGCCCCGGCCCCCAGGGCGAGGAGGGCUACGGAGGCGCGCAGGGGCUGCCGGGGCCGCGAGGGCCGAAGGGAGUCACCGGCCACCCGGGGAGCAGAGGACUCCAGGGCCUUCCCGGAGCUGCCGGCCUGCCGGGAGAAGCGGGGCCACCGGGCCCCAAGGGGGAGGAGGGCCAGGCCGGAGCUGGCGGCAGGAAGGGCAGCGCAGGACCGCGGGGGCCCAAAGGAGCCCUGGGCGAGAACGGCUGCGACACCAGAGGAGCUCCCGGGAGGAAGGGUGCAAAGGGCUUGCCGGGAGUGCCAGGACACCCCGGGGCUCAGGGUGAACGGGGCGAGAGAGGCGAGGAGGGGGACAAGGGUGCCCGAGGACCGCCCGGGCGCACGGGCGUCCCCGGCAGCGUGGGAGAAACGGGCAUCCGCGGCCGCACGGGACCUCCGGGAGAGAUGGGCCAGCAGGGCUUGCCGGGCGUCCCCCCCUCCACGCCCUGCGAGCUCAAAGCCUUCAUCCGCCAGAGCUGCGCCUCCGCAGCCCCCUCCUGCCCGCUUUUCCCCAUGGAGCUGGUGCUGGUGCUGGAGACGUCGGCCACCGUGUCCCCCGCCCUCUUCUCCCGCAUGAAGGACGUGCUGGCCUUCCUGCUGCGCGACCUGCACGUCUCGCCGGGGAGCUGCCCGGCGGGGGCCCGCGUGGCCCUGCUCUCCUACGCGGCGGCACCCAGCUACGUGCUGCGGCCGGGCGCCACGCCGAGCCAGGCGGCGCUGCUGCGGCGGCUCCGGGGGCUCUCGCCCACGCGCUCCUCGCAGCGGGGCCGCCUGGCCGCCGCCGUGCGCUUCGUGGCCCGCCACGUGCUCAAGCGGGUCCGGCGGGUCGCCCUGGGCACCAAGGUGGCCCUGUUCGUCACCAGCGGGCAGAGCCAGGCGCUGGAGGGCAUCGGCGCGGCGGCGCUGGAGUGCGAAGCCCAGGGCAUCGUGCCCGUGGUGCUCACCUUCAGCCCGCUGCCCGAGGUGGAGCGGGCUUUCCAGGUGAACGGCCGCUUCCGCGUGGUGCGGCUGCGGGCCUCGGAGCCGGCGCGGGACGCGGCGGCGCUGCGGCCAGCCGUGCUGCCCUGCGCCCUCUGCUUCGACGUAUGCCACCCCGGGAGCUGCCCCGCCGCCUCCCCGCCGCCGGGAUCCGACACGGACCUGGCCCUCGUGGUGGACAACGCGGCCCCGGGGAUGUCGGCGGAGACGCUGCAGCGCCUCGGCGGGCUCUUCGGCAGCCUCCUGCGGCAGCUGCAGCCGGCGCCGGAGCCGGGGCAGCGCGGGCUCCGCGUCGCCCUCGUGCUCACGGGCCCCUCCGCCCCCGGGCGAGGUUUGGCCGAGCUGCCCUUGGAGCAGCCGGGCUCCGCGGAGCGGCUGCGGGAGCGGCUCCGGCGCGCGCUGGUGCCGCGGGCGGCCACCGCAGCCGCCGGCCGGGCCGUGGCCUGGAGCCUCCGGCACGCCUUCCCGCGGGGCUCCCGCGGCCGCCGCCGGGCGCUCCUGGUCGUGGGCACGGGGGCGGCGGAGCUGUGGGACGCGGAGGCGCGGCGGGCGCUGGCCCGCUUCGCCGAGUGCGGCCCCUUCGGCGUGCUGGCGCUGGCGCUGGGCCGCGAGGGCGCGGAGCGGCAGGAGGCGGCCGUGCCCGAGGCGCUGGCGCGGCCGGCCUGGCGCUACCACUCGCUGCGCCUGGGCUCGGUGCACGCGCCCGAGCUGGUGUACGCCGAGAGGACGGCGCUGGGCUUCCUCCGGCGGCUGCAGGCUGAGAGCAGCGUGCUGGACGAUGCCGAGUGCCCGCUGGAGCUGCCCCUCUCCGGGACCGCCGGGCCACCGCCGGGGAGCGCCGCGCGAGCCCCGGAGGCGCCCGCCGGCUGGGGGGAUGCGGCAGCCCCCAGCCCCGGCAAGGACCGCCGGGCCGCCGGCGGCCCCGGGCUGUGCGCCCUGCACCGGGACCCCGGCACCGCCUGCACCAACUUCUCCCUGAUGUGGUACCACCGGCCGGAGACGGGCUCCUGCGAGCGCUUCUGGUACGGCGGCUGUGGCGGCAACGCCAACCGCUUCGGCAGCGAGCUGGACUGCGUCCGCGCCUGCGGCGGCCCAGGUCCCGGCGGAGCCGGCGAGGGAAACCUGACGCAGGCCGCCUGCCUGGAGGAGAGGGACGCGGGGCCCUGCCGCUCCUACUCGCCCAAGUGGUUCUUCGAGAGCCGCCGGCCGGCCCGCUGCUCGCUCUUCUGGUACGGCGGCUGCGGCGGGAGCCGCAACCGCUUCGAGAGCCGGGAGCAGUGCGAGGCCGCCUGCCUGCCCCGCGGCGGGGAGAGCCCCCGCGCCGCCGGCUCCCCCGGCCCCGCCGCCGGCUGCGCCGCGGGGCCCGGCUGCGAGCGCUGAGACCCGGCGCGCCGGGCGCUGAGCCCUUGCACAACUCUGCACCCCUCCCACCUCCCCCGCCGUCCGCCUCCUCCGGCUCGAGCCCGGUGCCUGCGCUCCGGUCGGCACGGCUGUGUUGGAAAUAAAAAGCAAGCCACGUG